UAACUGGGAACACCUGUGUGCUCAUGCAGAGCUUUGAAAGCUCAGUGUUGCAUUUUAUUAUUUGCUUUUUUUUUAAAACUUAUCUUGUUUCAUUUGCAGAAAUGGAUUGUUGCAUGACUCCGAUUCUCCUCUUCUUUGGACUGAGCCUCGGCUCCUGCUCUCACUUCCCCCUGAGGAAGUACUAUUAUGUACAUACAGCAAUGACCUGGACCGACGCUCAGAGUCACUGCAGAUCAAAAUACACCGACCUGGCGACCUUUGAGAGCGUGGAUGAUCAAAAAAGGCUGGAACCUGUUGCCCCUGGUUUAUGGUUUUGGAUCGGACUUCAUGACGAUCCAAAAUCCUGGAGGGAAGGUUUUGGUAGUGAAGCCAACUCCUGGAGAUGGUCAGCGACUGGUGGAACAAGCAGAACUGGUUACCAAAACUGGGCUGUAUACCAACCAAAUAAUUAUUACACAGAUGAGGGCUGCGUGGAGAUGAUCACAAAUGGAGGAUGGACUGACGUGCGCUGUAACACAAACAGGAGGUUUGUUUGUUACACUGUUACAAACCAAACUGAGAAAACCUACGUGUUCAUCUCAGACCCACAAAAGUGGACUGAUGCCCGCGACUACUGCAGAAAACACCACACAGACUUAGCUGUGAUCGAGAGCAGUGAAGAAAACGAUGAGGUCAGGUCUCUGAUACCUAACGGUGUUAAAAGCUGGAUCGGUCUGCACCGAGUGACGUGGACUUGGUCCGACAAGUCCCAAAGCUCCUUCACACCCUGGCGAGGAGGCAGCCCAAACAGCAAAGGUCGUAACCAGUUCUGUGUCACUCAGAGUUCGUCUUACAGAUGGGACGACGCCGGGUGUUGGGAGGAGUACCCUUUCAUCUGCCAUCAAGCUCUAACAUUGAAGACCACGGUGAAGAUGAUGUUUGAGACUGACGCUGAUAUGACCAAUCAGGCGACGAGCUCCCAGAUCCUGCAGCAGAAAGUCACAUGGCGCUCAUCUAGCAUCAGAUUUCUUCCUGGACUGAUUGACCGCUGGCAGAAAAAGGUGGAACUUCACCAGAGACACAAGGACUUUGCAUCCUGUUCUCGAACGCCCUUCGUCAAUUCCACUACAUCAACCUGCCAAUGAGCUGGGACGACGCUCAGGACUACUGCAGGUUGCAUUACACUGACCUGGCAACCAUAAAAAGCAUGGAGGACAUAAACAGGUUGAACAGACCUACUUUGGACACAUGGGCAUGGAUCGGACUGAGAGAUGACCCACAAUCCUGGAAGGGAACCAUGGGCAAUGACAGCAACUCCUGGAGAUGGUCUGCAACUAAUGAAACGAGCCGAACUGGUUAUGCUGCCUGGAAUUCUGGUGAACCAAACAAUUACCAUAGUGAGAACUGUGCUAUGAUGAACUCUUUUGGCAAAUGGAUUGAUAUGUCCUGUGAACACGUGCAAAGUUUCAUUUGUUAUACUGCAGAAACAAACCAAACCGAGAAAACCUAUGUGUUCAUUAUAACCUUGAAAACGUGGACUGACGCCCGCGACUACUGCAGAAAAUACCACACAGACUUGGCCAUGAUCGAGAACAAUGAUG